AUGCAGCGCCCUCAAACAUAUGGCCAGUCGCCUCCUCUACACCACCCUGUACCCCAACAUGUCUCGACCGUCCCCCAGCUGCGCUCGCCGCCCCCGCCAGUGUCACAGUCGCAGUCACAGCAAGGCUAUGGUGGUAGCCCGUAUCAACAGCAGGGAGGUUCGAGUGGAAAUGUCUUUGGCGCAUACGGCCAGUUUAUGAACGACCCCACGGCACAGGUCGCAGCGCAGUUCGGACAGUCGGCCUUCAAGCAUGGGCAGGAGUACAUGGAGCAAAACUUUAACCGAUAUGUCAACGUCAACGCCCUGAAGCAUUACUUCAACGUUUCCAACUCCUAUGUCAUCAACAAGUUGUUCCUCGUCCUCUUCCCUUGGAGGCACAAGCCCUGGUCGCGCAAGCAGUCUGUUGGACCCAGCGGCCAGGAGGGAUGGUACCUGCCUCCGCGCGAUGACAUCAACAGCCCCGACAUGUACAUCCCCGUCAUGGCUGUUGUGACCUACAUCCUCCUGUCGACCCUCAUUGCUGGUCUUCGCGGCCAGUUCCAACCUGAGCUCCUCGGAUACACGGCCUCGACGGCUCUUGUGAUAAUGGUUGCAGAGAUUAUGGGAUUGAAAUUGGGUUGCUAUCUAUUGGGCAUCUCAAAUGACUCGCAACUUUACGACUUGAUCGCAUACUCAGGCUACAAGUUCGUUGGCAUUAUUGUGACUGUUGCCGUGGCUGAGACUUUCAAUGCCGGCAAGGGUACUGGUGGUUGGAUUGGCUGGUCGGUGUUCAUCUACACUUUCUUGGCCAACUCCUUAUUCUUGAUGCGCUCCCUUAAAUAUGUCUUGCUUCCUGAAAACUCAGCGAAUGGCGCCGGCCCUAUGCAGACUGGCGAUUCCCGGGCGAAGCGGAACCAGAGGACGCAGUUCUUGUUCUUCUACUCGUACAUUGUCCAACUGCUUUUUAUGUGGGUUCUGUCCAAACCCUAA